AUUAUAGAUAGACGUGUCAUAUGUCAGAUAUGUAUUUUGUUUGUAAUAUUUUGUUUAAUAAUAAUUUAUAAAUAUAAUAGAAAUAUAUUUUUGAAAUGUUAGCAUCCGCGUCACAAAAUAUGUCUAAUACGAAUUCUUAUUCAAACGAUAGAGGACUGGGUUUUGAAAAUGAAUAUUCCAGUGAUCUUGCAUCUGGGGGUUUCUUCCACACGGAUUUUAAAAAGCAUGAUGACCUUAAAGAAAUGUUGGACUCCAAUAAAGAUAGUUUGAAACUUGAAGCAAUGAAGCGAAUAAUUGGGAUGGUAGCAAAAGGUCGUGAUGCUUCUGUUCUAUUCCCAGCUGUCGUAAAAAACGUUGUCUCUAAAAAUAUAGAAGUGAAGAAAUUAGUAUAUGUAUAUCUAGAGAGAUAUGCCGAAGAGCAACAAGACUUGGCCUUAUUGUCUAUAUCAACAUUUCAAAGAGCUUUAAAAGAACCAAAUCAAUUAAUUAGGGCUGGUGCAUUAAGAGUUUUAUCUAGUAUAAGAGUUAAAAUGAUAUCACCAAUUGUGAUGCUGGUUAUACAAGUUGCUUCCUCAGAUAUGUCAUCUUAUGUAAGGAAAACUGCUGCUCAUGCUAUACCAAAACUGUACAGUUUAGAUCCAGAGCUUAAAUCGGAAUUAGUAAUCAUAAUUCAAAAAUUACUGGCAGAUAAGACUGUUUUAGUAAUUGGUUCAGCAGUAAUGGCCUUUACAGAAGUAUGUCCAGAACGGGUAGAUCUCAUUCAUGAAGUGUAUAGGAAACUAUGUGCCUUGAUAGUAGAUGUAGAUGAAUGGGGUCAAGUUACAAUAGUCAAUAUGUUAAUGAGAUAUGCUAGGUCUCAAUUUGCUGAUCCAAACCUUAAUGAGAUAGGUGAUGAAACAGACCGUCCUUUCUAUGACUCAAAUUCAGAUAUAUCUGAAAAGACAGCACCAACUUUAGACCCUGAUCACCGUUUGUUAUUAAGAUCAACCAGGCCACUGUUGCAAUCAAGAAAUGCUGCUGUAGUAAUGUCUGUAGCCCAAUUAUAUUACCAUGCUGCCCCAAAAAGUGAAUUUCAUUUAGCUGCCAAAGCUCUUGUAAGGUUACUAAGGUCUCAUGUGGAAGUCCAAAGCAUUGUGCUGAAUGCUAUUGCCUCUAUAAGUGCAAAAAACAAGGGGACAUUUGGAACUUACUUAAAAAGUUUUUUUGUCAGGACAUCCGAUCCCACAAAUGUUAAACUUUUAAAAUUAGAAAUAUUAACCAACUUAACAACAGAUGCAAAUGUUUUGAUAAUAUUAAGGGAACUGCAGACGUACAUUUCAAAUAAUGACAAACAUUUUGUUGCGGCAACUAUACAAGCUAUUGGAAGAUGUGCCUGUUCUAUUUCUGAGAUUACUGAUACGUGCCUUAAUGGGUUAGUGUCUCUGUUGUCAAAUAGAGAUGAGGCAGUUGUUGCAGAAAGUGUAGUAGUUAUUAAGAGACUUUUACAAAAUCAAGCUGCAGAUCCCAAAGAAAUUAUAACACAUAUGGCGAGACUUCUUGACAGUAUUACUGUGGCCCAAGCUAGGGCUGCUAUUUUAUGGCUUUUAGGUGAACAUUCUCAAAAAGUACCUAAAAUUGCUCCUGAUGUCUUAAGAAAGCUAGCCAAAACAUUUUCUGAUGAGCAUGAUAUUGUAAAAUUACAAGUUAUGAAUCUGGCAGUAAAAUUGUAUAUAACAAAUCCUGAUCAAACAUCACUUUUAUGUCAAUAUAUUUUUAACUUGGCGCGAUAUGAUCAAAACUAUGAUAUAAGAGACAAGGCUAGGUUACUUAAACAUUUUAUUUCUGGACAAAAUGGUAAACUGGCAAGCCAAGCAUCAAGAAUAUUUCUAUCUAGUAAACCAGCACCAAUAUUACAAUCUCAAUUUCAAGAUAAAGAGGAUUUACAACUGGGCUCACUUUCUCAUUAUAUAAGACAAAGGGCGACAGGUUAUGAACCACUGCCCGAUUUUCCUCAAGUACCACCUUCUGGAGAAGUUAGAAACGUGGAGCCAAUUAUCAGGGAAGAGAGCUCUAAGCAUUACAAAAAUAUGGAAAAGAAAGGCAAAGAAGUAUUUCUAUGGGAAUCAGCGUCUGAGGCAAGUUCAGCUAGUGAAAACGAAAGUUCAAGUUCUAGUGAGUCUUCAAAUGAAGAUGAUUCAGGAACAGAGCAAACUAGCAAUGAUGAAAGCUCUGGGGAAGAAAAUUCAGAGAAGAAAACUGCAAAUUCAGAUUCCUCUUCUUCAAGUGAGGAUUCAGACUCAUCUAGUGAAGAGUCUAGUGAUAAUGAGGAAUCUGUUGAAAAUUCCCCUCCUUCAAAUCAUGUCUUUAAUUUAAAUAAUACUGAGAAAACCCCAGAUAAGACAGAUGUAGUAGAUAGGAAAAAAACAAAUUUGGAUUUACUGUUAGAUUUCUCUGAAGGAGAUAUGUCAGUACCAGUGUUAACACCUUCAUUAGGAGGUUUUUACACUCCUGCGACACCAGUAGAACCUUUAACAGUGCUUCAAGUUGUUCAGCCUACAUAUACCAAUACAAAACCAAAGGAAUUGCUAAAUAAAAUAAAUGGUAGAGGCCUUUCAGCUACUUAUCGCUUUACAAGGAAUCCUCAUUUAUAUUCUCCAAGUAUGACUAACAUAAAUAUCACAUUUACUAAUAAUACCAGUGAAGAGGUGUCUGAUAUAAGAUUGGGGAAAAAGAAUUUAGCUGUAGGAAUGAGUAUGCAUGACUUUGCUUGCAUUCCUAAUUUAUCUCCAAAUUGUACACUCCCUGCUACAUUAGGGAUUGACUUCAAUGAUACUACUCAGCCUGCAAAUUUUGAAAUUGUGUCUUCCUUAGGUAACUUCUCAGUUUGCAUUAAACCAAAUGUAGGCGAGCUUCUUAGACCAGUUAAAAUGCCAACUAGUUUAUUUAUGGAGAAACAAUCAAAACUUUGUGGCAUGAAUGAACAUACUGCUUUAUUACCUGACUGUAAAAAUAUUAUUGAACAAAUUAGUGAACUUGCCAAUUUAGGACCCUGUGAUAAUACGGUACAGGAGUAUUACAGGUUUGCAGGGCAGACACUGGCCUCAUCAAGCCUGACUAUGGUAACAAUACACAAAGCAGAAAAAACGACAUUAACAGUUAACUGUGAAAACAUUGUUUUUGGAUCUGUAAUGCUCAAUGAAUUGUUACAAAACUUAAAGUCAUAGAGACUCUUUCAAAUUAUUUGUGUUAAUGUUACUUUGUUCAGAAUGUAUGUUUUUCCAAGUAAAAUUUUACCACCACAUUCCUUAAACUUGAAAAUUUUGACAUAUAUGCUUAUAAAUAUCUAAAUAAGUUGUAUUUAUUUUUGAGAUAAUUUAAAGUAAAUAAAUUUUGCUUAAUA